AUGGCCCGGCUACGAAGGAAAGCGUGCAUAGCUCUGUUUCUUUUUACGUUGUUCAUCUUUGGAACCAUGAUGGGACUGAGGACCCUGAAGCCCAGUGACGGUUUCUCGGACCUGGCUCCGGGUUUAGUGCUCCUGCCGAUGAUAGCAGGGAAGAUGGACCGGCGCUCCGUGUCCCAUGAUGCCACCGCGUCCCCAGGUCAAGCCCGCCCAGCUGGCAGCAACACCAAAGUAGUUUUGUCCAACUCCGGCCCUGAGGGCACCAUCUUUUAUGAUGUUCAUAUCUUUUACUACACCUGGUAUGGCACCCCACAUAUGGACGGCAAGUACAUUCACUGGGACCACAUCCUGGUGCCACACUGGGACCCCAAAAUUGCGUCCAGCUACCCGAGAGGGAGACACAUGCCGCCUGAGGACAUCGGCUCCAGUUUCUACCCCGAACUCAAUCCGUACAGCUCCAGAGACCCGGACGUGUUGGAGUCCCACAUGGAGCAGAUCGGAGCAUCUGCAGCAGGGGUUCUGGUCCUGUCCUGGUAUCCUCCUGGCCUGGCUGAUGACAACGGGGAACCCGCUGAGGAUUUGGUACCAGCUGUACUGGAUGCUGCAUAUAGACACAACCUGAAGGUUGCAUUUCACAUCCAACCAUACAGAGGACGCAAUGACCAGAGCGUGCAUGACAACAUCAAGUAUAUCAUUGACAGGUACGGUGACCAUGGAGCCUUCUACAAAUUCACCUCAAGCACAGGGAAGAGUCUCCCUCUGUUUUACAUCUACGACUCCUACCUAACUCCCCCAGAGUCCUGGUCUGAAUUUUUGACUCCCACCGGCUCCCACAGCGUGCGUGGCUCAGCUUAUGACUCCAUCUUCAUUGCCCUGAUCGUGGAGGAGCGCCACAAGCACGACAUCCUUGCAGGUGGCUUUGAUGGCAUGUACACUUAUUUUGCCUCCAAUGGCUUCUCCUUCGGCUCUUCUCACCAGAAUUGGAAGGCCAUCAAAGCGUUUUGUGACGGCAACAAUCUCCUCUUCAUCCCCAGCGUGGGACCUGGUUACAUUGACACCAGCAUUCGGCCGUGGAACAACCACAACACGCGCAACCGAGUGAACGGCCGUUACUACGAGACGGCCCUGCAGGCAGCACUCAAUGUGAGGCCAGAGAUGGUCACUAUCACGUCCUUUAAUGAAUGGCACGAGGGGACGCAGAUAGAGAGGGCGGUGCCUAAAAAAACUGUGACACGUGUAUACUUGGACUAUCAACCACAUGGACCCGAUCACUACUUGGAGCUGACCCGCCGCUGGGCAGAAGAAUUCAACAAAGAGAAAGAGCAAUGGCUCAUGUGAGCUUUGCUCAAAUGAACUUGAAACAGGAUGCUCUAGUUGAUGUUUGUGUACACAUGAAAGAACAACAGAAUGGGGAGUGAAUGUAGAGACUGAUCAGUAUAGAUGUGAGCGCAUAAGGACUUUCUUUUACCUUUUAACUAUACUGGAUGUGGGAGUUGCUGCAAGUGUGUGUGUGCAAAUUUGUGCUCACAUGCUAAUCUGAACAGGACAUUCUUAGUUGAACUUUCAGGUAAAGCCGCAAUAAAGAGUCAGUCUGGGGAAUUUUCUCCAACUUUUAUUGACAGCCCAGACCUCUAAAAUGCUCUGUAGGCCUGUCACUCAUCACUGACUGCGACUUAUUUCACAAUUAGCUCAAACACUCCCACUAUCAGAAAAACUACUGCCUGACAUAUUCAUAAAUACUACGUGUCACCAUGUGAAGUCCUCAUAUAUAACUCAUUACAAUAGCAAUAGUGGCACUUUUAUGGUUUUUCAUAAAACAGAAUGAGACACAAAUGUUGAUCUUCCCUUUGCUCAGGUUCAGAGAGCUCAUUAAUAUGGUGAUGACAUAGUGUUUUUAAAAGCAGUACAUGAGGGUUAAGCAUGCAAGUGAAGAGUGGUUUUAUUGCAGAUGUCAUACAAAAAUCUUCAACAUGAGUCCUAUAAAAUUAAAGGAAUAGUUCAGCAUUUUGGGAAAUAUUGAUGAGAAGAUUGUUUAAAUAUGAAGCUACAGGCAGCAGCCACUUGGCUUAGUUUAGCACAAAGCCAACAACUAGCCUGGUUUUGUUUAAUGGUAACAACAUCCACCCUUUAAACAUUAUAACUUGUUUGUUAAAUCAAUACAAAAACAUAAAUCUAAAAAGGACAAAUUGCAGUUUUACAAGGUGUUAUGUGCUGGACUAUUUCUUGGCCAGGUGCAGUGACUUUAUGGAGUCUCUGCUAGUUACCUGACAAAACUUAUGGUUACUUAAAUCAACUUAUCUAUCAGCACAAAAGCAAAUACAUUUAUUUCCCAAUAUGUUGACCUAUUCCUUUAAAAGUUUUAUUUCAGUUUUCAGUUCUCUGUCUCAUUUGUUUUAUAUAUAUUGUACAAUAUUUAAUAAGGUUUCAUAUAAUUUCAGAUUGUUGUAAUUCUGUCAAAAAGGCUGCACCACUGAAAACCAUCUUGAAGAAACUCCAAGAAAUGUAUAUUAGCUGGUGAGUAAAAUUAAAUGUCCUUUAAAUAUUUGUAGCAUGAAGAUUACCACUGCUACUCUUCACUAUGCUAACCAACAAAGGUGUUCAGUAUUAGAGUAAGUCAGUCAGGCCAUUGGAGGGCAGUUACACUAAACUUUGCCUUAAACUUAUAUAUAUAUAUAUUAUAUUCAGACCUACUUGAAUUAAUCAGAAUUUUGGUGUAAUUACCUGUAUGGAAAAAAGCCAUGUUCAUUGUGGGCACACAUUACCUUCUUUCACUUAAGUUAAAUCAAUAGAAUCAGAAGUUGAAAGUUUUGAGGCUUGGGCUCAAUGUUUUGGAUAAAAACCUAUCACUUACUGGGGCACUCUGUUGUAUGGAUGUGUGUGUGAUUUAGAGUUGAUGAA